AGAUACAUGGGGCUGCACGCGUAUAAUUUCUCACGUUUCGGAAAUCGUUUCUAGGGCUUCCUUGUUUCCUAUAUCGGGCAAAGGUAACUUCGACUCGUAAGAAGGUGCUUGGUGUUUGUUCUUGGCUGAGGGACCCUCUCAUCUGCGGCUAUGGCGGGCGGGAACUUCCUCGGCCGAAUAAUCGGUUACGUCGUCAAUGAAUUGGUCGUUGAAGGCCUUGCCAACAACCCAACAUUUCAAAGAUUUGCUGUGAGGACAUCAAAAACAUUGCAGGAUUUGUCCAUUAAAGCUGAGCAGACAAAGCAAGAAGUAGCAGAACAAAUCAAGGAAGCUUCAAGAAACUUUGAUGCCUUCAAGAGACAAUGAUGACAUACGAAAUCUCAUGCUGCUUAUCAACUUCUCUCUCAAGAGGCUAAUCAAGCAAGUAGGAGGUAUUAUUAGGAUGACGCAUCUCGCUUUCCUGGUGCUGUCUUGAUCUUGAUUGAUGUUUUAAUACAUUUGAAAAGUUCCAAAACCUUGUCAAUGUUAGUUUCUUGGUUGCAUUGUAAAUCAAAUUUCUGUGUUUUAUGAAGAAUCUGUGCACUGAUAAAUAAUAAAAUAUUUCGUUUUUUUAGUUUAAA